CUUUUUUAUGUCUGAAAACCAGCUGGGCUCCCUGGGAGACACAUCCGCCAUGGGAAACCGGCUGUGCUGUGGGGGAAGCUGGAGCUGCCCGUCGACUUUCCAGAAGAAAAACAAAACAGGGAGCCAAGCAAGACCCACAUUGAAGCAGCAACAGCUAUGGCAGAAUGGCACAAAGGAAAUGGACUAUGAAACGACAGCACCAACGUAUGAGCAAGUGUUACACCCUCCUGCAUCUCAAAAGAAAAGUUCAGACUCCGCAUCGGAGGAGAAUGACUUGCAUUAUGCGGACAUUCAUGUGCUCAGGCAAAUGCGGCCAUACUCUCUCAAGAAGGUGAAGUGCCAGCAUUCAGAAUCCGCUACAGAGUACGCCACCCUUCGAUUUCCCCAGGCCACACCUCAGUACGACAGCAACAACGGAACCCUGGUGUGAGCCCUUGGGAGAAGUUCCGAUUUCUACGAUUUUACCAUCCUGUGGGGAUAAGCUACUGUUCUUGAGAGCAAGGACGUUGGCCAUGUUUUAAUCUUAAAGGACAACCAGAGCAUCUGGGAUUAUGGCCCCCCCCCAUCUCCACUAUGAAUCUUUUAGUUUGCCACUGUUGUGGUAAGGCUAACUAUGGAUGGACUGAGUUCUAAAAAAUAUUUAUGUGCAAAACGGUUGUCCUUUGACCCCUAACGUUAUUUGGAUUCUCGAAUGCAGCAAGAACCUUCUAUGCACUUUGGCUGUUUCUGAUAGGAGUUAUUUAAUAUUUGAUUUUGUUUGGGCUUUUUGUUUUUUGUUGUUGUUUUGAUUUUUUGUCUUGGUUGUUGUUGUUGUUGUUUUUUUU